AAAACUGUGCAACCAACCGUCGGUUUCGAGCAGUUGGAAUCAUACGUUAAGAGAAAACCUCCGGUCCACCACUUUCCACCAUUCGAAGCCUACUCCUUCAAGCGACAAAAACACAUUUAGCCCAUGUACAUUUGGCAGUAACAGUUGUACUUUCCAGGAGUAACGAGUACCUGAUUUUAUAGUCUUUUAUGGAUCUUCUCCGUUACUCCGCCUCCCGCUUCCCUGCAGCUCAUCCUCAGCAUCCCUUCCAUACGCCGCUUCGCCGGCGUUUCGUCGCCGUUAGGUCGAGUUUGAGCCUUCCGUUCCCGGAGCAGAAAGCCAAGUAUUAUAGAGAGCUGGAAGCUGCUGUUGAUGUUGUCGAGCGAGCUUGUUGUCUUUGCGUUGAUGUGAAGAAGUCGUUGUUCUCGAGUGAUGGUAGGAUUCUUGAGAAAAUUGACCAGACCCCAGUCACUAUUGCGGAUUUUGGAGUGCAGGCUUUAGUUAGCUUGGAGAUGAACAGACUUUUUCCCUCUAUCCCCCUGGUCGCUGAAGAGGACUCUGCAUUCUUGCGUUCAAAUAAUCUAGUUGGCUCAGUGGUCGAUGUUGUAAAGGAUAAAGCAACUUCAGGAGAUGAAGUAACAGAUGAUAAUAUUUUGAAAGCAAUUGACAGAGGGGGAAAGGAUGCUUGUGUAUUUGGGCCUAAACCAGCCACUUACUGGAUACUGGAUCCUAUUGAUGGUACACGAGGGUUUGUUAAAGGUAGCGAUGCUCUCUAUGUGGUGGGUUUGGCACUUGUAGUUGAAGGACAGAUUGUCUUGGGGGUUAUGGGCUGCCCCAAUUGGUGCGAAGACUGUUCUGAGAAUUCUAUUGUUGGGGUCCAAGAAAAUAGUAGUUCCAGAUCAGGGAUCAUCAUGGUUUCUCAUGUGGGUUGUGGAACAUGGACAAAGAGGUUCUCAGACAUACUAAACACUGAGUCACCUCACACUUGGACCAGAUGCUCUGUUGACAGCUGUCAAAUGGUGGAGGGGGCACGGUUUACUAUUCCUGAAAGUCAAUCAUGGAAAUCUUUACCCCUAUCGGUUUUAUUUGAUGCGAAAAGAGACUCUGAGAACAUAGGAGACGGGAAUAUACUUCUUCUGUCUGCAUGCUGUGGAAGUUUGUGCAAAUAUCUGAUGGUCGCUUCUGGUAGAGCAUCGGUUUACAUUCAAGGGAGGAAGGCGACAUCUAUUAUCAAGGUCUGGGACCAUGCUGUUGGAAUCAUAUGUGUCCAUGAAGCUGGAGGGAAGGUGACUGACUGGGCAGGAGGUUCACUUGAUAUUGCUGCAGAUGAAACUGAACGGAGAAUAAUCUUUCCUUCAGGCGGUGUUCUUGUGACUAAUGGGAGCUUACACAGCAAGAUUAUCGGAAUGAUCUCUUCAAAUUCAUCAGUUCUAUGACUGGCAUUUGGCAUUAAUUGACAGAUUGUAGAAAUACUGAGAUAUUAAGGACGAUUUCUGCCAAUUCAUCAAUUGUUUCAUGUCACUUGUAUUCUUUUGACUAAUCACAGCAGACAUCAAUUUCUCUCCGUUUUCUUCCACCUGGCGGUCAUCAGUAUCUCUCUCUUUUGUUUCUCAUUCUUUCAGUCUUAAAUGGCUUACAUACAGAUAACAUCCUCCAAUUAGUAAAAUGCUGUGGAGAAUGAUUCAUAUGUACUGUAUAAUCCUAUAAAUAUAUAUUCUUUUUUUUUCU